AAGACAGAAUGUCUAGGGAUGGAUUUAGUUAGCUGAAGGCGUCUGAACAAGUCUGGACUACAGAGUUUCACAGAAGCAAACAGCACAACCGGCAGACAUGACUUUAUUUUUCAGCUCAUAGUCAAAUGUGAGGAUUUUGAAGGCUGGCCUGUUGACACUAGAAGACAGCUGGCAGAUGCUGGCGCAUCGCUCAAGAGCAGGCAUUUUAAAUCAAAACUUUCGACUUAUUUUCUGGGGAAAUUCAGGCUCACUUAAAGGAAUCUGUCAGGUCAUGCUUCACUAACACUGCGUCCACUGCUGUUGCACCUUGGUCUUCUGGUGACCCGUCCUGAGCUGAUUUGAAAAUGGGGUGGUUGAAGCAAUGGAAUCUGAUGGCUGCUGUUUUGCUGUGUCUCCCCUCAUUGUCUACAGCUCAAGGCCAGUGCGAUAUUGUUGGUGCAGCAGAUAUUGUGUUCCUGGUGGAUGGAUCAUCCAGUAUUGGCCGGACCAAUUUUAUCUUGGUUAAGAAUUUCAUGGCAGGGAUUGUCAGACCCUUUGCCAGGGCGGUGGGUUCUGAUGGCAUCCGCUUCGGAGCCAUACAGUACAGUGAUACUGCCCGGGUGGAGUUUACAUUCACUGCAUACCUGAAUGGCACUGAGCUUAUAACUGCUGUAGAGAAUAUCAAUUAUAAAGGUGGAAACACCCGCACUGGUGCUGGCCUCAAAUACAUUGCAGACAACUUCUUCAACACUGCCUCAAUCAGAGAUGUACCCAAGAUAACUAUACUUAUUACUGAUGGUAAAUCUCAGGACAAUGUACUGGAACCUGCUCAAAAACUACGUAGUUUAGGAGUCAAGAUAUUUGCAGUAGGUAUAAAGAGUGCAGAUGCAAAUGAGCUGAAACUUAUUGCUUCUCCUCCUCAAAGUGAGUUCACCUCCCAGAUUGGAAACUUUAAAGCUCUCAGCUCUUUGCUGCCCUUAGUGUCUCCACGGGUCUGUACAACGAGUGGAGGCUCUUACUCAAAUGAUGAAUCCUACAGUGGUCCAUCAGACUUGCAGAUUUUUGGUGAGACCACUGAUUCAUUGAGAUUCCGAUGGUCACCUGCAGGAGGGAGUGUAAGUGGCUAUCUGGUUCAAUACAGACCCCUUUCUGGCCUGAGUCAGCCAAUCAAAGCAGAGCUCCGACAGGAAACAAUAGGAAGCAGCCAGCUCAGCUAUAUUGCACGAGAGCUGCGUUCAGGCACAGAAUACCAGAUCACCGUUAUUGCUCAGUACCCCAACAGCCUGGGAGAGCCGGUGUCUGCCAAGGCCCGAACAAAGCCACUCCCGGGUGUGACUGCCCUACGACUGGGCCAAGCCAGCUAUUUUACUCUCGCAUUGGCCUGGGAUCCCCCAGCCGACCCAGUUCAGGGCUACAGAAUUACAUAUCGACCUACAGGUCAGCCAGCUGCACAGCUGGUGGAACAGUCUGUGGGGGCGGAGUCAAGUUCUCUGACUUUGCGCGAUCUUAAAGCAGACACGGAAUAUGUCAUCAGUUUGUACCCCCUGUUUCCCAGAAACAGUGUUUCACCAGCUACACUGACUGCCCGCACAUUACGUUUAGAAGGUGUUCAGCAGCUCUCGGUUCAGACAAUCACCAACAACAGCGUUCGAGUCCGCUGGACGGGAGUAGCAGGGGCCAGAGGAUAUAGAGUCGUCUGGGGGCCUUUUACAGGAAGUGAUGUGGAGACCGUAGAGCUGAGAGAUGAUAGUGAAUUCACUCUGGUCAAUCUACAGCCAGACACAGAAUACAUUGUAACAGUCAUCGCCUUAUACAAUGGAGAAGUUGAAGGACCUCCGGCCACUGCUCCCUUUAAAAUUGAAGGCUCAGAGGAACAGGUUCUGAGAGCUACGACUUCUGGACCCACAAGCAUCAGAUUGAACUGGAAUUUCAUACAGGCCGCUAGAGGUUACCGGUUGGAAUGGAAAGCUGGGGAGAGGGCCAGAGUUCAGCAGCAGGAUUUUCCACAAGGCACCACCAGUUAUGAGCUCAGAAAUCUACAACCGAGCACAGAGUACAUCAUAACUCUAUUCACACUCUAUGAUGGGCGAGAGGAGGCCACCUUCUUUUCUACUAAACCUACAGAGCAGUCAGUCGGUCGUGUCACAAACCUAAGGGUGGUGGAGACAUUAGGAAAUAUUGUGCGCUUGGGAUGGACGGGGGUCUCUGGAGCAACACAAUAUGACAUUGUCAUACUAAAUACACAAUCUAAUAAAGAAGUGAACAGAAAAGUUUCUGGAAAUCAGACUACAGUGGACCUCCAGGACCUUGAAGAUGGUGUGCGAUACACUGUCAGUGUGACUGCACUAGUCGGUUUCACUAAAGGAGAUCCGGCGACUGUGUAUAUCAUAGCAGAAAAACCACUGAGAGUGACCAACUUGCGUGUGGUCAGCAGCAACAGCCGACGAGUCAGGAUUUCAUGGAAUGGUGUUUCCGGGGCAACAGGUUACCGGGUUACUUGGAGACAAAGCAACAGUGCAGAGCAGUUUCGUGUGCUAGGUGGCGAUUUCACUUCAUACACUAUCGACGGACUGCAGCCUGAUGACUCCGUUAUUGUGGGCGUUUCCCCAGUGAUUGACGGGAGGGUUGGAGAAGCGGUCACUGUAACUGCUAGAACUAGCGGCUCUAUCGGAACGGUUACAGGGCUCAGAGUCAUAGAAUACUCAUCCUCUAGAAUACUUCUAUCUUGGGCUCCUGUGAAUAGAGUAACAGGCUACAAAAUCACUUGGCGGCAAAGUGGCGGAGUGGAAGACUUUGAGACUGUAGCUGCUGAUGUCACUUCCUAUGCCAUUGAUAGACUCCAGGAAGGUGCAACCUACCAAGUUUCCGUCUCAGGCCUUGUGAACUCACGAGAGGGACCUGCUGCCACUGUGACCGCUAGAACAGAUCAGACCACUAUUGCAAGUGUCACCAAUUUACAGGUGCUGGAGGCCCAGGGCGAGGUCAUCCGAGUCAGCUGGGUUGGAGUUCAGAAUGCAUCAUCAUACAGAAUACUCUGGAAGAGGACUGAUGGUGGAGAGGAGAGAAGUCAGCUGGUCGGUGGCAAUGUGACAUCAGUGGAUCUGAGGCAGUUAGAUGAGGGCGUGCAGUAUGAGGUGAAGGUUCUGGCUGUAGUCCGUAACAGAGAGGGCCCACCUGUGUCCGUCAGAAUUACCACAGGGGGAGUGUUGCCACAGAAUAUAGUAGUAGAGGGACUACGUGUGUUGGAUUCAACCCCUGGGGGGCUGCGAAUAACCUGGAGACCAGUGAGGGGAGCCAACGCAUAUCGAAUCUAUUGGAGAUCUUCACAAGGCGAGACAGAAUCAAGUCGUCUCAUUAGUGGUGAUGCAACCUCAUAUACCUUGGAUGGACUUCAACCUGGUCUGUCCUACAUCAUAAGAUUGUCUGCUUUGUUGGAAGGUGGCGAAUCUAAAGCUACCACCAUCCAAGCAUCCACUGAUCCCUUGCCACCCGUGUCAGGUUUGAGUGUGACGGACAGCACUGAGAAUUCUGUGCUUUUGGGCUGGUCACCUGUAACGGGAGCCACAGGCUAUAUUUUACGCUGGAGAGAGGAGCGAGACACAGGACCUGAUCAAUCUGAGACACGGAUUGGAACAGGCACAUCUUAUCGUGUGACCGGUCUGCGUUUGGGCCGCCGGUACCGCUUCACUAUCCAGCCCACCUUCCAGAACCAGAUUGGACCUGAGAGCAGUAUUGAAGAGCGCACAGUGUGUGUUGGAGGGCGUUUGGACGUGGUCUUUCUUGUCCCGGCAACUCGCAAUCGCUCUGGUCUGGCUGAAUCUGUUUUGUCAAUGCUUGCCAGUGCUGCUGGAUCAUUCACCCUCAUUGGUCCUGGAGACUCCCAGGUGGGGGUGGUGGUGUACGGUGAAGAUGCAAAAGCAGGCUUCCUCCUCAAUCAGCAUAGCAACACCGUCGCCCUUGUGGAAGAGAUUCUGUCCAUCCCAUUCAACAACAGACCAGGAAAUAAUAUAGGCCGAGCAAUGACGUUUGCUCGUCAGUUUCUGCUGAGCGAGCCGGCAGGUCGGAGGUUUAGCGUUCCCGGGGUGGUCGUCAUUGUCACUGAUGAGAAGUCGACAGAUGAUCUGAGCCAGCCUUCUGCUGCUAUUAGAGCCGAUGGUGUGACAGUGUUGGCGGUAGGAAUUGGACGUGCGGACCCUGGAGAGCUGCGUUUUGCAGUGACUGAUGGCAGCACUCAAAAUCUGCUCUAUGCGCAGGACUCAAAUCAGCUCUACAGUUUCCAACCCGACCUGGCAGACCUCCUCUGUGGCCUUGCACGAGGCACCGGUGUCACGAAUGGGCCUUGUACUGUAGAGUGUCCCAGUGGGCCUAAAGGAGAACCUGGACGAAAGGGUGAAAGAGGCAGAGAUGGAGUGGAUGGAAGAAAAGGCGAGCCUGGUCGUGAUGGCCUGCCUGGUCGUGAGGGCACCAGUGGCCCAGAAGGCCCACCAGGUCAACCAGGCAGCAGUCUGGGUUUAUUUCCAAAAAAGCAAGUUAUCUUUGUCUUUAUUUCUCAGGGUUUCCCGGGAUUAGAUGGCAGUUCAGGUGUUCCAGGUCGCCCUGGUACUCCUGGUGCAGUUGGACUUCCAGGCAGUCAGGGGUUACCAGGUGUUAGAGGGGACUCGGGAGACCCAGGUAUCGCAGGCCCUCAGGGUUUAAAGGGAGAGAAAGGUGAAAGGGGGGAAUCUGGAUCUGCUAGUGGAGGAGGUUUACCAGGACGGAAAGGAGAGCCAGGAAUUCCAGGGAUCCCGAGCACUCCUGGAAGGCCAGGUGUAGAUGGGAGAAAGGGAGAGGCAGGUGAACGAGGUUUGCCUGGGCAGGAUGGUCGGCCUGGCAUACCAGGCACCCCUGGACUUGCUGUUAAGGGAGACAAAGGCAGUUCUGGAGAGAGGGGUCCUCCCGGAGUGGGCAGUGGGGUAGCAGCUAAGGGAGAUGCUGGUGAACCUGGACCCCCAGGUCCAUCUGGUCCGCAGGGCCCACGAGCACUGACCGGAGCCAAAGGAGCCAAAGGAGAACAGGGAGAGGGUACUGAGGGUAAAACAGGCCCCCCAGGACCGACUGGAGACCCUGGUGAUCGGGGUCCCAGAGGACCUCCCGGUGAAAUUGGAACUAAGGGUGACAGAGGACAGCCUGGUGCACCUGGUUUAGAUGGAGCCAAGGGAGACAGAGGCCUGACUGGUCCGAUAGGAGACAAGGGCGAUAAAGGUUCACAAGCCCCCCCUGGGCCUCAAGGACUCAGGGGUUUGCCAGGGAGCAGCGGACCCCCUGGAGAGAAGGGUGCUGAGGGGACCAAAGGGGAACCAGGAAGCAUUCAGGGACCAGGUUUAAUAGGGAAGAAAGGAGAACCGGGUUCAAGAGGCCUUUCAGGUGCUGAUGGCUCCAAAGGUGAUAAAGGAGAUGCAGGACAUAAGGGGGAACGGGGUGUACCUGGAGCAGGUGAGCCUGGACAAACAGGACCUAAAGGAGACCAGGGGGAUCGGGGUCUGCCUGGAUUAUCUGGAAAACCCGGAGCAAAAGGCAGUCUAGGUGACCAAGGGGAAAGAGGAGAGUCUGGCAGUCCCGGUUCACAAGGGCCCCUGGGACCACGAGGGAAAGAUGGGCUUAAAGGUGACAAAGGAGAGGAUGGGAUUGGAGGAGAACCAGGGUUGUCGGGUAAACCAGGAGAGCGAGGUCUAAGAGGAAUACCUGGUCAACCAGGUCAGCCUGGGCCAAAGGGGGACAUAGGUGAUCCAGGGGAAGAUGGACGAAAUGGCACACCAGGAUCAACUGGACAAAGAGGCUCAAAGGGAGAACAGGGAAUAGCAGGACCCCCUGGGCCCCCUGGAGAUUUGAUAAGUGGAGAGAAACAACUUAAAGGUGACAGAGGGGAAAAGGGGGAGGCAGGUGACCCAGGGGAGCAUGGGGCUAAAGGUCAGAAGGGUGAAGCAGGAUCAGCAGGCACUGUUGGACCAAGUGGUCCCGAGGGACAGCGUGGACUUCCAGGUUCCAGAGGUGACCCAGGCGAUAGGGGCAGUCCAGGAGAAAAGGGAGAAAGAGGAGCUGCUGGCUUGGAUGGACGAUCAGGUCAGGAUGGGAAACCUGGGCCGCCUGGAGCUCCUGGAUUACGGGGUGACCCAGGUAAACAAGGGGAUCCUGGCAGAGAUGGCUUGGUUGGACUCAGAGGACCUCAAGGACCUCCAGGUCCACUAGGACCUUCAGGAACCGAUGGCACACCUGGUAAAGCAGGGGAGGAUGGAAAAGCAGGACUGCCAGGAAAAGCAGGGGAGGACGGCGUGCCAGGAGAAGAUGGUCGCAAGGGAGAUAAAGGAGAACCGGGAGCUACUGGAAGAGAUGGUCGAGAUGGAAUAAAGGGCGAUCAGGGCAUUGGGGGGCUCAGUGGCCCACCUGGUCCCAUUGGACCUUCCGGGGUUCCCGGCAGUACCGGACCACCAGGGCCGGUGGUCUAUGUUAAAGGGCAGCCAGCUCCAGCUAUUCCAGGCCCCCAGGGCCCUCCAGGGACCCCUGGGAUCCCUGGUGUUCCAGGAGCUGCUGGAGUGAGAGGAGAAAGAGGUCUGCCAGGCUUGAAAGGAGAUGUGGGGGAUCCAGGGGAGGAUGGUAAACCGGGGACUGCAGUGGACGUAAAGAAAGCUUUUUCAGAAUUUGGCAUUGAGAUCAGGAAUCUGAAAAUAUUGCUUGAUGACAAAAGCUUGACAGAGGACGGAACAAAAGGUGAUAAAGGAGAUGCUGGACCUAGAGGCCCUGCUGGAGCUGAUGGUGCACGGGGUCUUCCGGGUGAACGAGGCCUGAAAGGAGAGCAGGCUGAAAAAGGGCCACCUGGACCACAGGGUCCCCCAGGCAGGGCAAUUGGAGAAAGAGGCCCAGAGGGUCCACCGGGACAAGCAGGUGAACCUGGAAAGCCAGGAAUACCUGGAGUACCUGGACGAGCCGGUGAACUUGGAGAAGUUGGCAGGCCUGGGGAUAAGGGAGAGAAAGGGGAUAAAGGAGAAAGAGGACUAGCUGGUCCGGCUGGAUUACCUGGUUUAGUGGGGGCUCCAGGAGCAAAGGGGGAUGCUGCCACCGCUCAGACUGGUUUGCCUGGUCCGAGGGGGCUCCCUGGACCUCAAGGCGUAAGAGGAGAGCAGGGUCCAGUUGGACCUUCUGGACCUACUGGAGAACGGGGCUAUACUGGUGCUCGUGGGGAGAAAGGAGAAAAAGGAGGCAGUGGUGAGGCCGGUAAAGACGGCUCCCCAGGAAAUCCGGGUGAGCCAGGAAAAACAGGGCAGGAUGGAAAGCCGGGUUUCAGGGGACCCACCGGUCCACCAGGCCUACCUGGGAAUCCAGGUGAACCAGGAAUAAGAGGACCGACUGGUCCUAUGGGUGGAAAUGGACCCCCAGGGGCACCUGGUGUGAAGGGUGACUCAGGAGAGCCAGGCACUGGAGUCCAAGGCCCUCCUGGACCUCAGGGCAUCAGAGGGUUACCUGGAUCUGCAGGCACUCCAGGAGCCAUAGGACCACAAGGACCUCCUGGGCUUCCAGGACAAGUGGGAGAGGGGGGCAAACCUGGGGUCCCAGGGAGAGAUGGUGCUCCUGGGAAAGAUGGUCUGCCAGGGUUACCUGGGAAACAGGGAAUUACUGGAUCCAUUGGCCCUUUGGGACUUAAGGGAGAGCAAGGUGACAGCGGCCCACCAGGACCGUCUGUCGUCGGACCCCCUGGAAAGAAGGGUGAGACGGGGACUCCUGGUCUGACAUUGCCGGGAACUAUUGGAGAAAGAGGCCUUACGGGAUUAACGGGCGCGAAAGGAGACAAGGGUCCGGCAGGUAUCAAAGGAGACAGAGGAGCAACAGGUGAUCCUGGAGAUCCUGGGGAGAAUGGAGCGAGAGGACCAUCAGGGCCUAAAGGAGUCAAAGGAGAGGCUGGUGUGGGGAUGGAUGGACCUCCAGGACAGCCUGGACCUGUUGGAUUAAAGGGUGAUCCUGGCCUUCCAGGUUCUCCGGGUGCUCCAGGGCCACGCGGUUCAAAUGGGACCCCGGGACUGGCUGGGCAAAGGGGGGAAGCAGGUCAGCCAGGACCCCCUGGACUGCAAGGAGAAAGGGGUCUUCAAGGAUUUAUAGGCAAAGCAGGAAACCCUGGAACACCAGGAGGUGCUGGACCACCUGGACCCCCUGGUACUCCAGGUUUUGCAGGACUAAAGGGUGAUAAGGGUGAAACUGGUGUAGGAGUGCCAGGUGCCAGAGGAGAGAGAGGCGACCCAGGGCCUCGGGGAGAAGAAGGACGGGCUGGACUAGAUGGAGAAAGAGGCCCAAAUGGUUCUCUAGGCACCAAAGGCAACAGAGGAGAUAAGGGUGAUCAAGGUCCUCCAGGAAUUAGAGGGGAAAAGGGAGAAACUCUGCUGGUGGGGGGUCCUCCAGGGGAUAAGGGAAUUAAAGGAGAAACGGGAGACCGAGGACCCAAAGGUGCGCAGGGUGACAAAGGUGCAAAAGGACAGGAUGGGCCACCAGGUGAACAGGGUCUGAGAGGCGAGCCUGGAGAGCGAGGUUCCAAUGGCUUCCAAGGAGCUCGUGGUCCUGGUGGUCAGAAGGGGGAUGCAGGGCAGCCUGGAGUCCCAGGAGAAGCGGGAUCAUCCGGAAAAGAUGGCCUGCACGGCAUGAGAGGAGAGAAGGGCGAAAACGGCCUCGUGGGUCUGCGAGGCCUCAAGGGAGAUCGAGGUUCCAAGGGGGCAUGUGGAUCGAGCGGACCAAAGGGCGACAAGGGGGAUGCUGGGAUUGGUGGCAGACCUGGAUUGCCAGGGAGGAAAGGAGGACAGGGUGAAGUUGGCCCUGCAGGUCCAACAGGAAGUCCGGGGAAGGAGGGACUCAUGGGAGCCAAGGGUGACAGAGGCUUUGAUGGAGUAAUAGGGCCAAAGGGAACACACGGAGAGAAAGGUGAAAGAGGCCCACCUGGUAUACCUGGGUCUCCUGGUGCGAGAGGUGUGGAUGGACCCGCUGGUUUAACUGGCCCUCAAGGGCCUGCUGGAGGUCAAGGUCCAGAGGGACUGCAGGGGCAUAAGGGAGAAAGAGGUUCUCCAGGACCUGCAAUGGUUGGCCCUCGUGGCAUUCCCGGGAUCCCAGGAGAGAGAGGAGAACAGGGGGAGACAGGCCCUGAUGGACAUAAAGGAGACAGAGGAGAACCAGGCAUGACUGAGGAUGCGAUUCGGACUUAUGUUAGAACUGAGAUGAAUCAGCAUUGCGGUGAGUGGCUGUUCGUUCUUGUGGAGGUAAGCGUGUUCUCAGGUAUUCAGGACGUUCAGGUCCCUGAGGCAGUGCAGACUUACAGAAGUCGCUCCUCCGCGUCCCCUGAGCGCUCAAUUGUCCGUGGGGACGAGGAGGGUCAACAGCUGCGUGUUGUUAUGAACACAAACGACCCAGACUAUGAGCACAUUUACUCGAUAGAGACCUAUGAUGAUGAUGCUCCAAUAGUGGACACUGUCGACUAUGACACAACUUUUAAUAAAAGUCAGGAUGAUAUUUUGACAGGCGAAACAGUCUCUGCGGAUUCAUUAAAAGCUGAAAGGACAAAAAGACAAGUGAAAAGUGAAGACUCGUGCCUCUUGCCGAUGGAUGAGGGGAGCUGCUCUCGCUAUACUCUGCGCUGGUACUUUAAUUCUGAGGUGGGCGCCUGUAGACCUUUUAUUUACAGCGGCUGUGGAGGAAAUGCCAACCGCUAUUUACAGAAAGAAGAGUGUGAGCAACACUGUCUCUCACAGUAAGAAGAUUUGUGUUUUAACUUGAAGACAACAGUUGACUGUAAACAGAGAAUCUCAAACUGCAAUAUCAAUAAACAUAAACCAGUGUUGGACACUGCCAUCAUGAACAGAUCUUUUAGGAAUCUUCAAGAUGGUUUCAUUUCAUUAUCUUUUCCUUGACUGCAUUUGCAAAUUUUAAACAUUGAUUGGCUCUUAGAGAUUUUGUCUUUAUUUAUAUUGUGUGUGUGGAGCUCUCAGACGUUAAUCUUUCCAUAGAAAUAAAUAGGCAUAUAGAAUGAUGCUCAUAAUGAGUAUUAUUGUUUUUCAAAAACGGUAAAUACGGAAAAUAUCACAUUAUCUUUCAUUUCUUUAUCUAUCAGUUUUAUUUCAUGCACAAAAAAUUAGCACAUUUCGUUAAUGUAUAGAAAUGUUUGGUCCACACAAAUAUGGUUCCACAUAUUGUAAUUGGUAACUCAGUUGUUCAAGAAUUUCUCUUACACUGGUUCAUAGAACAUGUCUGUGCUGUACAAAAUUGUACUGUAAAUGUAGAUCUGUGUUUUUGGUAGCUUGUAAUUCAAAAUGAAUGUUCCUUUAUUAUCGGAUUUUGCAUGUUAACAACAAAUGGUGCUAUUGAGAUAUUUGUUUUUUGUUAACUGUGAUGUAUGUCUGUUACAUUGACACUUCAGUAUUUGUGUUCCAUUAUAGUACAUAGAGUACACCAAAUGCUGUUUAUUUGACCACAAAACAGUUUAUAUUUUUGCACAAGACACUCUGUAUUUUAAUAUCACAGUAAAGGUAUACAUUUGAUAUGCA